CAUUCCGCGCACGUGUACAGGCAGAGAACAGCGGAGCCUGGAAGAGAGCAAAAGCAACUGAACCGGCAAGCGGGCUGUGGGCGGGAUGAGGAGUCAGCGGACAGGUCCUUUCCUUCUCCUGCUGCAAACUCUGCUGCACUUUUCUCCCGCUUUUCGCGCACAGCCCGUCCCUCAAGUACUGGAUCUCCUCUCAAUUCCAAACCAGAAACUAGUAAAGACCUACUUACAGCAAGCAUUGGCUGACCCUACUGUCAAUGAAAUAUAUGUGCUCUCAACAUUCAGACUACAACCAAAAAGUACAGCCCUUAUAUUUGGGUUAUACUCUUCCAAUGUAAACAAAAAAUAUUUUGAAUUCAUAGUAAUGGGGCGAGUAAAUAAAGUUUCUCUGAGAUAUUUGAGGAACGAUGGGAAAUUAAAUGCUGUGAUCUUCCCCAAUGUGCCUUUGGCUGAUGGAAAGCGCCAUUCAGUCCUCCUUCGGUUAAGUGGCGUGCAACAUGGCAACAGUAAAGCUGAAUUGUAUGUGGACUGUGUGCAGGUGGAUUCUGUUCAAAUUUUGCCUAAAAUAUUUUCGGAGCUGCUGCAAAGCUCAGAAUCCAUAGAAUUACGAACACUUCAAAAGAAAUCACAGGAGACUUUAGAUGAUUUGAAGCUGAUUGUGAGGGGAUCCUUCUCCCAAGUGGAAACUGUACAAGACUGUUUCCUCCCACAGACAGAGCCACCAGUUCAGUAUUCAGGUGACUUUAACAGGCAAUUAUUAAGUCAUAUGUUGCAAAUGAACCAGGUACUAGUUGAAGUGAAAGAUCUCCUCAGACAGCAGGUUAAAGAGACAGCAUUUCUGAGGAAUACUAUAGCUGAAUGCCAGGCAUGUGGAUUGGGAAUCGGAAGUUUCCCCACUCCUUCCCCAGAUCCCCCGAAACCCAAAUGUGAAGCCGAUACUUGUUUCCCGGGGGUACACUGCACAGACACAACAGAUGGGUACCAGUGUGGUCCGUGUCCUGAAGGCUUCACUGGAGAUGGAAUUAUUUGCACAGAUAUUGAUGAGUGCCAAUAUAAACCAUGCUUCCCAGGAGUGCAAUGUGUGAACAUGGCUCCAGGUUUCAGAUGUGAAGCCUGCCCACCAGGAUAUAUUGGGCAGAUCAUCCAAGGAAUGGGAAUAAACUUUGCCAAAAAUAACAAACAGGCUUGUUUGGACAUAGAUGAAUGUCAGCGUAUAGCAAAUGGAGGUUGUGUUCCAAACUCCCAGUGUAUAAACACCAUGGGAUCUUACCACUGUGGUGCUUGCAAGCCAGGAUUUACUGGAGACCAAGUCAGAGGAUGCAGGGCUGAACGAAGCUGUAGAAAUCGUGCUUUGAACCCUUGCAGCAUUCAUGCCCAUUGCUCAGAAAUAAGACAAGGGGACAUCUUGUGUGUUUGUGGCAUUGGCUGGGCUGGUGAUGGCUUUCUGUGUGGAAAAGAUGUUGAUAUUGAUGGCUAUCCAGAUGAAAAACUUCCUUGCUCGGCUGACAGCUGCAAAAAGGACAACUGCAUGUUUGUUCCAAACUCUGGACAAGAAGAUGCUGAUGGAGAUGGUGUGGGAGAUGCCUGUGAUGAUGAUGCAGAUGGGGAUGGUAUUCCUAAUGAUCAGGACAACUGUGUCUUGGCUCCCAAUGUUAACCAGAAGAAUAGUGACCAAGAUAUCUUUGGUGAUAUUUGUGAUAACUGUCGCAUGGUAUUAAACAAUGACCAGCGGGACACUGAUGGAGACGGCAAAGGAGAUGCCUGUGAUGAAGAUAUAGAUGGAGAUGGGAUUAAGAAUGUUUUGGACAACUGUCAGAAAAUAGCCAACUGGGAGCAGAAAGAUAGAGACAAUGAUGGUGUUGGUGAUGCAUGCGACAGCUGCCCUGAUAUCAGCAAUCCCAAUCAGUCAGACUCUGACAAUGAUCUAGUUGGAGAUUCCUGUGACACCAAUCAAGACAGUGAUGGGGAUGGACACCAAGACAGCACUGAUAACUGCCCCACAGUUAUUAACAGCUCCCAGCUUGACACUGAUAAAGAUGGUUUGGGGGAUGAAUGUGAUGAUGAUGACGAUGACGAUGGAAUUCCUGACCACGUACCUCCAGGGCCUGAUAAUUGCCGACUGGUUCCUAACCCAGGACAGGAAGAUGAGAACAGUGAUGGAAUUGGUGACAUUUGUGAAUCAGACUAUGAUCAAGAUACAGUGAUUGACCGGAUUGAUGUUUGCCCUGAGAAUGCAGAGGUCACCUUGACUGAUUUCAGAGCUUAUCAGACUGUUGUCCUGGAUCCAGAAGGUGAUGCUCAGAUUGAUCCAAACUGGGUGGUUUUGAAUCAGGGUAUGGAGAUAGUGCAAACUAUGAACAGUGAUCCUGGACUUGCUGUAGGUUAUACAGCUUUCAAUGGAGUUGAUUUUGAAGGCACUUUCCAUGUGAAUACAGUAACAGAUGAUGACUAUGCAGGCUUCAUUUUUGGUUAUCAAGACAGCGCCAGCUUUUAUGUGGUAAUGUGGAAACAGACGGAGCAGACCUAUUGGCAAGCCACUCCAUUUCGAGCAGUUGCAGAGCCUGGGAUUCAGCUGAAGGCUGUUAAGUCAAAGACUGGGCCUGGAGAACACCUCAGAAAUUCACUUUGGCACACUGGAGACACUAAUGAUCAAGUCCGAUUGCUAUGGAAAGAUCCACGAAAUGUUGGCUGGAAAGAUAAAGUUUCCUAUCGCUGGUUCCUACAACACAGACCUCAGGUUGGAUAUAUUAGGGCAAGAUUUUAUGAAGGAUCUGAACUAGUAGCAGAUUCUGGAGUAACCAUAGACACAACCAUGCGUGGAGGAAGACUUGGUGUUUUCUGCUUCUCUCAGGAAAAUAUUAUUUGGUCCAAUCUGAAAUAUCGCUGUAACGAUACAAUCCCAGAAGAUUUCCAAGAAUUUCAAGCUCAGAACUAUGGUGUUGGAGGUAUUUAAGGAGAAUCAAGAAUGCAAGAUAUUAUGGUGACUAACAGUGUAGUAUAUUUUUAAUUCUUAUACAGUUGUGUGUGUAUAAAUGCCCAGUUCAUUUGCUAUGAUUGAUAAAUAAAAAGAUAAAGUAGAUUAGGGUUUCUUUUGGUUUUCAUUUAACUUUCAGUUUUCAUUUAAUUUUCAGUUAAAUUCAACAUUUAACUUCCAGGAUGAUUUUGUAAGCAAUAACAGACAAAGACUAAUAACGUGUUACACAAAAACAUCUGGAAUCAGAGGCUGUGUAUGUAAAUGAUUUGAUAUUUAUAAGACACAAAUAUGGAAAUAAUUUUGCUUGCUAAUUUAUAUAUUGAUUCAAAUCCAGAACUAGAUGCAAUAAUUGAUUUGAAUCUCACACAAGGAAGGCCUAGUAAAUUAAUUUCCCAUAGAAAUUGCCCUGUUAGACCAAUUUUUCAGUAAACUGACACCCCCAGUAAUAAAUCACUGCAAAUCUCAUGUUCCCCCUCAAUUAUAGUAUUUACAAUGGUUCUGAUUAGUCAUAAAGGCAUGCACAAGAAGGGUGCAUGGUAGGAUUACUUUUAAUGACUUCUUUAAAGUUCCAUCCAAAUGGUAAAUAAUCAGAAGAUGGAAGAGCAAGACCUCAUCUAACCGCCCUGCAGCAGAUGAAGCAGACUUUAGAUCACUGCAUUAGCUAACACAGCUUCCUCUGAUCAAACACAUUUUCAUGUUUAUGUUAUCAUUCUGGCCUCCUAAUAUAAUCAACACCUAACUGCUCAACCCACUUACUUCAGCCCUCUGAGGAAAAUCAGUGGCUGCUUCACCACCUGGAAUCUUUUUAGAACAAGAAUAAACAUGAGGGCAAAGGCAAAAAAUGUUUAGAGAGAGGAGGGGAAGGGAAUCCUAACAUUUGUGUUCCGAUGUGAUUAAACUUUGCUAAAUGCCCGAUUGUUGAUUUCUUUUCCUUCUCAAGUUGUGUUCUGUAAACUUACUGGAAGCA